AUGCCAUUCAUCGGCCGUGACAAGGGUCGAACCCCAAAAUCUCGCAGAUCAGACGAUGAAUUCGUUGUAUUUCUCCAAGGAAUACCGGCCCAUUGCCGCUGGCAAGAACUAAAGGAUCUGGUGCGCCAGACGGCCUUGCAUAUCCGACAGGCCGUUGUGUAUGAUGAUAGCCAUGGAUUUCCCACCGGAUUAGGGCAAAUAAUCAUCAAAAAUGAAGAUGAAGCUUGGCGUACUUAUCAUCGUCUAUCAACCAACGGAUGGGAAGGACAGAGCUUAGUUGUAACUCUGGCCCGUACCAGCGCUCCUACAAAGCCCAUCGCUGGUCCUACAAGAAGCCCUCCAGCCAUGAUACAAACCGGCUACGUGUCCGGGCAGUCAACUCCGCCUCGAUCUCAGGACAACACCACCGUGCCCCCAUCACCAAUCUCGCCCGACUCCGUUCAGCCUAACACCCCAACCUACAACUACCCGGACUACGGCUCAAUGAUGGGAUCGGUUCCAAUCUCACAACAACACUUCGUGCCCAUGAUGCCGGAUCCAAUGCAAUGCUUCCCGCCCUCCCCAAUGAUGCACUGCUCCAUGUACGACGCCCCAGGCUGGGGCAUGAUGCCCAUGUACCCAAUGUCACCAAUCCAACCUCUCCCCGAGGCAAGAGAGGGCUACCACUACCACCCCCGCAAGCCCUGGACCAGCGAAGCCAACACCAAGACCCCUCCAACCCCACCACCAGAGCGGGCAAUUCUGAUCCAGAAUCUCAGCGUUUCAUCAACGACAUCAGACCUCAAGAGUCUCCUCAAGGGCUCCGGCACAGUCGAACAAUGCAACGUGACCAUGGCCGAUCCGCACGAUAAAGCGCGCACACACGGCUCGGCCAUCAUGCAAAGCCCCGAGGACGCGAAACGAGCCGUCUCAAUGCUAAACAACCUUACCUUCAUGGGCUCCAGGAUCCGCGUCGUGCUGGACACGAGAUCCGGGAUAUCGCGUAGUGGUAGUUGGGACGGUGCAAUGGCCGAAGAGGAGGCGGAGUCCAUCAAUGAUAAGAACUCAGAGUGCAGUGAGUGUGGACAGGAUAUUUCUGCCACUUCGAAGAAGGCGCAUGGCCCUAGUCAACCGCUCGUUGUUGAUGGGUCGGGUCACCAUAGCCGGUCAUUAGAAUUGUUGUCUACGUCUGCUCCGACUUAG